AAGCCAAGAGAUUACAACAGAACUUGGAGUUUCACGACCACCUCCUGAACUGCCUGAGUAAAUAAGCUAGUAAGUAGUUCUUGUGCUGGUUGUACUUGUCUGCACAACCAAUUCCUUCCUUCGACAUGACCGUGAUGUCCACAUCCUCAAGAAUGCCGAUGCCCAGUGCGAUUUCGUUGCCGGCACCCACGAGGCCGUCCUUGCGAAGAGCAACCGCAAGCACCAAGCGUGCAAAAGCUGCUCCUGCACUUGUCAUCUACAAGUUCGCCGCUCAUCUAGGAACGACGUCCUUGCUCAACUACGAUGAAAUUUUCGUCAACGCCGCGGCUAUGGUGUCCUCGCAUGCUUCGUCGUCCACCUCCUCGACGUCGUCAAAAUCUGGCGCGUCUCGCGUCACGCGGAAUAAAAUUACAAAGACCACCUCUACUGCUGGAAAAAAGAACCUCCGCUCUACCACCACGGCGAAAAUCAAAACGGCGAGAAAGAACAAAAUUGUUUUCGCCACUUCGUAUUGCAGUACGGAACAAAACGGAGACCCCGACCCAAGUUACUGCAUUCGAAGCAAGAAGCCAGAAGAUCAACCUGAGCCUGGCAUGACCGGGAGUCAGAAAAUGUUCGAUGAGUGCGUUUUGACCAGCGAUGUGAACACGGACGAUCCUGCGAAAAUCAUGGAGCUGCAACUGGACUCCGGCGGAAAAAGGACCACGCGCUGCAGCAGCAUUUCUUCAUCUGUGGGCAGUUCCUCGUCUGUGAACGACGAGAUGCACAUGCAGUCUCAAGAACAGGAAUACAACCAGGUUGUUCUGGAGAAAGACGGCGACGAACAACUCGUGGGCGGCUGGUCGCCCUGUCUGGUGCUUUACGACGGCACGCCGGAAACGGCCUGGGCGCAGGGCUGCGGGGUGCACAUUGUCGGGAAUGGCGAAAACUGCAAGAAGGAGUGCACGACAUCCGAGCAGUUUGUGGGCGGCUGGUCGCCCUGUCUGGUGCUUUACGACGGCACGCCGGAAACGGCCUGGGCGCAGGGCUGCGGGGUGCACAUCGUCGGGAAUGGCGAAAACUGCAAGAAGGAGUGCACGACAUCCGAGCAGUUUGUGGGCGGCUGGUCGCCCUGUCUGGUGCUUUACGACGGCACGCCGGAAACGGCCUGGGCGCAGGGCUGCGGGGUGCACAUCGUCGGGAAUGGUGACAAUUGCAAGACCGAAUGCGAAGAUUGGAAAAAGAGAAACAAGGAAGAAGACCAAGUAUUCGAGGGCACCAAAGAAAUGCCCCCAGUUGAUGUUGCGCAGCAGAAAGAUCUGA